UCAACAGCCAAAGACUUCAUCAGGAAUAUGAUGCAUAAAAACCCCACAAGACGCUUCCUCACCGAGCAGGCACUCAGACACCCAUGGAUUGCUGAAAACACAGCUAAAGACGUGGACAUUUCUCAGUCUGUGUGUGAGCAGAUGGAGAGAAGCUUUACCAAAUCCAAAUGGAAGCAAGCCUUCCACGCAGCCUCAGUGGUUCACCACAUGAAGAAACUGCAGUCGUCCCUUUCCGAGCCCCUCCCCCUAGAUCCCUGCAGCCUUGAGGCCCUGGACCCGAACGGGAACCUGUUCCCGGGGGCCGGCAGUCCGUCCUGCAGCAGUGCUGAGGAGUCCAGAGAGGGCAAAGACUUCCUCUCAGAGACUGACGCUGCUUUCAGGCCCUCCAAGAGUGUGGACAAAGUGUCUCAGAGGAAGAACCCGCCCAUUCAGUCUGGAGUGUGUUCUUUCAUGUGAUUGGCUGCCUAACCAAGAUGAAUCCCAUGCAGCCACUCAUUUCGUGGUAUGAAGAUGUUGACACUCAGCUUUUUCCUCUCUGCUGCGGUUUACACACAUGGAGUAUCUGCACUAUAAAAAACACUUUCACAAGCAAGGCCUGUUUAUAAGGAGAAGGAACAGAAACAACAGGAAUUCAUCAUUUAGAAUUCAUACAAUUUGUGUUACGCUGAUUGUAUUUAUUUUUCUGUAUAUAACUGUAAAUAUGUCACUAAAUACCAUCAAAAUGUAUUUGUUUGGAAAAGAUUCAUGUGAGAUAUGCAAACGUAUUACGGGUUCUAUUUGACUGACGUGGCUGCUAUGAAAUGUAACAGCGUAUUUUUAUAAACUGAAACUUCAGAGUCAUGUUGUUUGUGUGCUCUGUAUCUUUUCUAAUAGGCUAUUCCUAAUGCACUGUAUAUUCACCAUACACUUACAGAAUGUAUGAGUGUACCUUUAACUUUUAAACAUUGCAAAGGAGAUUUUAGGGAAAGUAUUGUUAUGUUCAAUUCAUGCUGGAUUAUAAUUCUGAUUUCCAUUUUACAAAAAGAUGGUUUAUUUGAUUUAUGAGAUGAAACUUUGAUUUCAGUGAUAUGUAAAUGAUCUGCUGUCUUGUUAAACAACUGAACUCAUCAAGUGCCACACUCUGGAGGAAAUAUCUAUCACCACUAGUGAUGUCAUGGAGUAUUCUAAAUGAACACAUGUAGUGACAUUCUGUUUGUGGUAUUUAUAGGUAUGUAGUACUUGUAUCUAGUACCAUCUCCCAUGAAGCUCCAACGCAUGCAUCAAAGUCAUAAACACCUUUAUUUAAAUACUACAGAUUCUGCACAAACAACAGAUGCAAUACAAAGAAUAAAUAAGUUAACAUUCACCCUUUUUCCGUUUUGUAUUAUUCAAAUACAAUAAUUGUGGUGCAAUGUUCACAGUGGAGAGUAUUGCUGCUGACAAAUAAAUCCUAUUUGUGUUUAUAAAUCCUAUUUGGGUUUGCUCUUCGCUCUCAUAAAAACAGAAGUUGUGUUUUCUUUUCAAAUAAAGUGCUAAAUGAUGAAAAUGAAACUGAUGGACUCAAAAUAUCACUAUGUGUUUGACCAAAUAUUGAAAUGCACCUACAUAAUGUCAUAAUACUGGUACUUUUAAAAGUAUUUACACACAUUCUGAGUUAAAUAAAUGGAACCCUCACUAUUGUUACAUUGGCACUGUUACUUACUAUGGUCUUUAAUGUUCAAUAGAGUUAUUUUGGGAUAAAGAGUACUCAGUUAUGUGUCUUCCUGAACCCUCUUUCUGCCCCCUCCUUCUAUCACAUUCAACUCCAGAUAAUCACGUCCUACAUUUCCCACAAUUCAUUGAACUGCCCUGGAUAAUGUUAUAGACAGGAGUUAUA